AUGAGUGCAUUCGAUGGAGCAUGGAAUGAAGGCAGCGUGCCUGGAUAUGGGAAUGGACGUGUAUCAGGUCAACAUAGUAGCGAUAGCCCGCAAGCAUGCAUGGAGAAGCAAUGCGCUCCGAACUAUAUGCUGAGCAAGCUCAAGCUGAAUAUUGUAAGCAUGUUUGAGGGAGAAAAGAAAUUCCAUGAGCCAAAGUGA